GGCUUAUUAUUGGAGUUUGGGUCAGAAUGUUGGGGCUAAAUGAGGAGGACUGUGAUUAGGCGCAGAGUGACAAGAAUGAUAUCUGCCUUCCUCUUCCAGCCACCACUCCCAAUCUCUCCCAAACACCAAUACUCUCUUCUUCCUUUAACCACCACCCAGCGAUUCCUCACUGCAAGCCACAGUUUUCGAACUUUGUCUACCAAAUCAAUUCCAAACAUGCAGGAUUCAGCAUCAGUAUCUUACCUCUCGCAAAGAGAAGCCGCGGAGAUUGAUGAGACCUUGAUGGGUCCUCUUGGCUUCUCCGUUGAUCAGCUCAUGGAACUGGCUGGUCUUAGCGUCGCUACUUCAGUUGCUGAGGUUUAUAAACCAAGUGAAUAUAGUCGGGUUCUAGCAAUCUGUGGUCCUGGAAACAAUGGUGGUGAUGGUCUUGUUGCAGCCAGGCAUCUUCACCAUUUUGGUUAUAAACCCUCUAUCUGUUAUCCCAAACGUACUUCCAAAUCACUUUAUACCGGACUCGUCACUCAGUUGGAGUCACUGUCUGUUCCUUUCGUCUCCGUUGAAGAUCUGCCUGAAGACUUGUCAGAGGACUUUGAUGUUAUUAUAGACGCAAUCUUCGGGUUUUCAUUUCAUGGUGCUCCAAGGCCUCCUUUUGAUGCCAUCAUCCGGCGAUUGCAGACCCUCCAAAAACGCCCUGUCAUCGUCUCUGUGGACAUUCCCUCUGGUUGGCACGUUGAAGAAGGAGACCAUGAAGGUGGAGGAAUUAAGCCUGAUAUGUUGGUAUCUUUGACUGCCCCAAAGCUAUGUGCCAAGAGCUUUUCUGGCCCUCAUCACUUUUUAGGUGGGAGAUUUGUACCACCUUCUGUUGCAGAAAAAUACAAGCUCGAGCUUCCUAGUUACCCUGGUACAUCCAUGUGUGUUAGAAUUGGUAAACCUCCAAAAGUUGACAUAUCUGCUAUGAGAGUGAACUAUGUCUCUCCUGAAUUGCUUGAGGACCAGGUUGAAAGUGAUCCUGUUUUACAGUUCCGUAAAUGGUUUGAUGAAGCAGUUGCUGCUGGAUUGAGAGAAACAAAUGCCAUGGCUUUGUCUACCACAAACAAGGACAGAAAACCAUCAUCAAGAAUGGUUUUACUAAAAGGAUUUGAUGAGAAUGGAUUUGUGUGGUUCACAAACUACGAAAGUAAAAAGGGUUCUGAUUUAUCAGAAAACCCUUUUGCAGCACUUCUGUUUUACUGGGAGGACAUGAAUAGGCAGGUAAGAAUUGAAGGACCAGUGGAGAGAAUAUCUGAGGAAGAAUCUGAGAAUUACUAUCAUAGUCGUCCUAGAGGAAGUCAGAUUGGAGCUAUUGUUAGCAAGCAGAGUUCUGUAGUACCUGGCAGGCAUGUUCUAUACGACGAAUAUGAAGAACUAACAAAAAAGUAUUCAGAUGGAAGUGUGAUACCAAAGCCUAAAAACUGGGGAGGAUUCAGACUUAAACCAAACCUUUUCGAGUUUUGGCAGGGACAGCCAUCUCGUUUGCAUGACAGGCUGCAGUAUUCUCUACAAGAAGGGAAUCCUGCGUGGAUAAUUCGUAGAUUGGCCCCAUGACUUCUAGUCACUUCUUCCCUGUGAAGAAGAUGAUGGCUGUUUUGGUUUUAUAUCAACCACUACACCGUGAGAAUAAGAUCUUUAUAUACAGUAUAUAGCAUUGUAAUGACUUUAUUUCCAUGUUUGUCACAAAAAUAAAGUGCUUUCCAGUUUAGCACUCAAUAAUGUCGUUUAUUUCUUCCCAACCUCUGCUCUCAUGUCAUCAAAGGCCCUUAAAUUUGUGGUUUGGCAUCUCUGUCAUAGUUUCUAUACUGAUGUUUUAAUUGUUCAAUCUAGACUUAAGAUUAUGUCUUCCAAAAAAAGACAUCAGAUUGUUA